CCAAAUAAUUAAAUCUCUUUCUCAAAUAUUUUCUCAUACCUCUAGAUUCGUGGGUUUUUAUCAUUUAUAGUGGAUUCGAUGAUGACAGAUUCUAUUACAAGACAUUGAUCAAAGCCAGAGAGAGAGAGAGACGUAGCUCUUUACAUAAAUUUCUGGGCUUUUCUUUUUUUUUUUCUCUCUCUUGAGAAAACUCGGUGAUCCUCCAUGGAAAUAUUGUAGCUAAUUCUAAUCUAGAGAUAGAGAGAGAGAGAGAUGGGAGGUUGCGUGUCGACGCCAAAGAGCUGUGUGGGAUCGAAGCUGAGGUCAAGCAAGCCAAGGAAGAGUCGUAAAAGACGAAGGAAGAGAGCAGCGGCAGCAGCAGCCUCCUCUUCUCGUCUCUCUGACGGAUCUUUUGACAAUCUCGAUCAUCAUCAUCAUCAUCAUCCUCGCAACAACAACUUGCCCACUCCCAGUUUCAGAGCAAGUGGUGAAGAAGCAUGGUUUGAGUCCAAUGCUGCAUUUGAAACAGAUUGUGACGAUGACUUCCACAGCGUCAACGAAGAUAAUUUGUCUUUAAACGGAGGUGAGCGUGUAUCAGUUUCGAGUACUACUACAACCACAUCAUCAACAACAGGAGGAGACUCUGGUUCAAACUCAAACGAAGCCAUGUCGCAGUCAGAAGGUGUUUUGAACGAAACAAAGCAGCAGCUGCCUGAUGAUGAUUCCAUAGAUUCAUCUGCAGAUGAAGGUGGAGGAGGACUCUUGGAGAACUGCAGGAUCUUGCCGAGUAACUGUUUGCCUUGUCUGAAUCCAAUAUCUGUUGUUCCUUGCGUUGACAAAAGAAGAGCUCUUAGCUCUAGCCCUCCGAGCUCCAGGAAAAAAGCCUCUCUCGGACUUCUAUCUUACAAAUGGAGAGAAGGUCAUGCUUCAGGCGCCUUGUUUCUUUCUAAAUUGCAGCUGAAGAGACCAAUAGCUGGUUCUCAGGUUCCUUUCUGUCCAGUAGACAAGAAAAUGCUCGAUUGUUGGUCGACUAUAGAGCCAAACAGCUUCCGUGUUCGUGGCAAAACUUAUUUAAGAGAAAAGAAGAAAGAGUUUGCGCCUAGCCAUGCUGCGUAUAAUCCUUUUGGUGUAGAUGUUUUCUUGUCAGAACGUAAAAUAAAUCAUGUUGCACAGUAUGUGAAGCUUCCCGUUACUACAACAUCCACAAAACUCCCAUCUAUCCUUAUCGUUAAUGUUCAGAUGCCGUUGUAUCCUACUACAAUAUUUCAAGGUGAAACUGACGGAGAAGGAAUGAAUAUAGUUUUAUACUUCAAACUUUCAGAUAAUUAUGCAAAUGAACUUCCGCUUCAUUUUCAAGAAAGUAUUCAGAGAUUAAUAGAUGAUGAGGUUGAGAAAGUUAAAGGCUUCCCCAUGGAUACAACGGCUUCUUUCAGAGAACGGCUUAAGAUAUUGGGACGUGUUGCAAACGUAGAUGAUCUGCAUUUGAGUGGUCCAGAGAAAAAGCUGAUGCAGGCUUACAACGAGAAGCCUGUUCUUUCCCGUCCACAGCAUGAAUUCUACUCGGGUGAGAAUUACUUUGAGGUGGAUAUAGAUAUGCAUAGAUUCAGUUAUAUAUCCCGGAAAGGGUUUGAAGCAUUCAUAGACAGACUUAAGAUCUGUGUUCUUGAUGUUGGCCUCACAAUCCAGGGGAACAAACCAGAGGAGCUACCGGAGCAGAUACUGUGUUGUGUGAGGCUAAAUGGGAUUGAUUUCAUGAACUAUCAUCAAUUAACUCAAGAACUUCUAUGACAACUAAUAACAACAUUCUUUCUUUAUCCUCCUUUUAUUUUCCUUUGUAAAAGAACAUAGAGCAUCCCUUUAGAACACCCCCAAACAAAAACACAACAAAAGGGUGAUGAUUUUCAAGUGAAUAUAUAAAAAAAAUUCGAAUCUUAA